UGGAGUAGGGGGAAUUUGUUGAUAGAUAGAACGAGAAAACAGAAAAACAGUCGCAGAAAAACAACAAAGACGACCGACGCUAACAAAACGAAUUUAAUUUAUCAGAAAUCGAAUCGAACAUUUUCGCUCUGCUCAUCCGCCUGCGUAGUACUGUGUUUUUUGUGAACGGUGAAAAAGUGCAAUAAGAUACAUCGGAAAAAAAUAGAUAGGGCCCCAAAAACAAGCCAAAGGCCAGUGAAAGUGUAUCUGCGAUAUAGAGAUUAAAAUCAGCAAAGGCGGAGAAAACCCCCAGCAACCAUGGCCACAUAUCAGCUGAACUUCAACCAGGACUUUACUUCCCUUUCCGUGUUGAGUCCCGCGGGCCUGCGCCUGUACUCGAUAGCCGGCCAGGACAAGGUGGAGGAGAUCUUUGCCAAGGACAAUACCGAGCAAAUCCGGAUCGUGGAGCGCCUGUUCAACAGCUCGCUGGUGGUGCUGGUCACCGCCCAGAAGCCCAACUGCCUUAAGAUGCUGCACUUCAAGAAGAAGCAGGACAUUUGCAACUGCUUCUAUCCUUCGGAGAUCCUGUGUGUCCGGAUGAAUCGCCAGCGGCUGAUUGUGUGCCUGGCGGAGAGCAUACACAUCCACGACAUUCGCGACAUGAAAAUCCUGCACUCCAUCGAGAAUAUAGCACCCAACGAGCAGGGUCUCUGUGCCUUGUCCCUCAACUCGCACCUGGCCUUCCCCGUGUGCCAGACCAGCGGCGAGUUGCGCAUCUUCAACGCCAGCAAGUUGCGCACGGGAAUGACCAUCAAGGCUCAUGAUACGCCCCUCUCGGCAUUGGCCUUCUCGCCCAGCGGCUCUCUGCUAGCCACCGCCUCCGAGCGCGGCACCGUCAUCCGAGUGUUUUGCGUUAAGAAUGGCCAGCGGGUGCAGGAGUUCCGGCGGGGUGUUAGCUGCGUCCGCAUUGCCUCGCUGGUCUUCUCGGCCAGCGGCGACUUUCUCUGCGCCUCCUCCAACACGGAAACCGUCCACGUCUUCAAGAUUGAUGCCCGGGCCGUGGAGUCGGUCGAACUGAAGGCCAUCGCGGAAGUGGCUGCCAAGUCAGAUAAAGCGGCCAAGGAAUCGGCGAGUGUGCCUCCAGUUGCUGAGGAGGUCAACAGUGCGCCCGCGCCAGUUGCCAGCUGGGGCGGAAUGUUCUCCAAGGCGGUGUCCUCGCUCCUACUGCCCUCGCAUGUCAGCGAAGUUCUGUCCCAGGAUCGAUCCUUUGCCACAGUGCAGCUAGCCCAGGCGGGCCUGAAGCACAUUUGCGCUUUGACCCGCGUCCAAAAGGAGCUGCGCCUGCUCAUCGCCUGCGAGGAUGGUUUCCUCUACGUGCACGAGUUCAAUGCGGAGAAGGGCGGUGCCUGCAAGCUGUUGUCUGUCCAUGAUCUGCGCGGCGCCCUGGAGGAUGUGAUCGAGCUGCAGCUGAGCGAAAGCGUUGUGAGGUCGCAGAUAAAGUCCACAAAUGCCACGGCACAGCCCUCGCUCACCAUGCUGAAGAGCUGUGCGGCCAGUGUGCUCAUCGAGAAUCCGGAUCCCAUGCCGGACAACAGCUAUGCGAGCAUUCUGCGUGGUGACCAGGCGGAUGCCAUGUCUGAUUCUGCCAAAUUUCGCAAGCUCUGUGAUGCCAUCGACACUCCAACGAAGCUGUACGACGAGCGGCAAUUUCCGCCAGUGGCCAUUGCUGCCAAGGAUUGACAACGCCGCCGCAGCCACAGGGAUAUGGUCAUUGUAGACAAACAGCAGGCGGGUUAGCAAUAUAUUAGAAAAUUCCUUUCUUAAAUCGCCCUCAAAAAAAAGUAAAUUAAGUUCUAACAAGACAGUAAAAAUACUCCUCAAAAAAAUCUAAAAAAAAGUAUUAAUUUAUAUUUAAUUUUCAUCUAAUUCUGUAUAUAUGUGCGUGAAAAUAUUUUUGGCAAAGUUUUCUUAGUUUUCUCAUUCCGCUAAUUUAUUUUUGUCCAAAUUCAGAAAGACUCUCUCUUAUGCACUUAUUCUAGCUCUGUAUUUUUGUAUGAUAUAUAGGAUUAGUCGUAGAUAUAAUAUCUAUAUACUGAUGGUGAUGACUAGAAAAAUUGUGCGACAGAAGCUCAACAAAAAUCCAAAAAGAAUGUUAGCCAGUUAAGUGGAUAAGCAACAAAAACUGUACCUUAAUGUGAAGAGAAGUGUAACAAACGUAUUCAAUUAGCUUUGCAAAAACAUAAAUCUAACAUAUAAAUAUUACAAAUAUUUAAAAUGUGACAAAAGAUCAGAAUAAUUUAAACUAUUAUCCUAAGUAUUCAAGUGAAAUGUUUACAAAUAUCGAAGCAAUACUUAUAUGCAUAUGAUUUAUUAAUUUUAAUCGUAUAUGUAUGUAUGUCAAUAUAUGCCCAAAAUAAGUUAAUUUAAUUAAACGAAAAAGAAAAAAAAACGAAAAAAACAAAAACAGAAAAAACUAAAAAA